UUCUGAAAACCAUACUAAUACGGCAGCUUUAAGCACGGCGCUGUUUAAUAAUGGGCAGAGCUGUGGAGCUUGUUUCGGGAUCAAGUGCGUGAAUGACCGGCGCUGGUGUUUUCCUGGCUCGAUUGUGGUCACCACCACCGACUUCUUCCCGCCGAACAAUGCCGGCGGCUGGUGCAACCCUCCUUUGCAACAUUUUGAUCUCUCUCAGCCUGUUUUCCAACAUAUUGCACAAUACAAAGCUGGGAUUGUCCCUGUAGCUUAUAGAAGGGUAGCUUGCAGGAAGAGAGGCGGAAUAAGAUUUACAAUCAAUGGUCAUUCAUACUUCAACCUAGUCCUCAUCACCAACGUCGGUGGUGCCGGUGAUGUUCAAUCGGUUUCGGUUAAAGGGUCGAGAACCGGUUGGCAACCGAUGUCGAGGAACUGCGGCCAAAACUGGCAGAGCAACACUUACCUUAAUGGACAGAGCCUGUCUUUUAAGGUCACCACCAGUGACGGCCGCACUCUCGUCUCUAACAAUGUCGUUCCGCCUCAUUGGUCCUUUGGACAAACCUUUGCCGGCCCACAAUUCACCUGAAUCCUGAAAAUUACGAUCUUCACUACUACUAUAUAAAUCCGAGUCUAGAAGUAAA